UUUCAGACGAGACUAGACUUGGUACUGUAAACGCCAAGUCCAGCCAACACAUCUCCUCUUCCUUCAUUCUUUUUUAUAUCCAAAGGAAAGGAAGAGACUUUCAAUCUCUGCUAUUCUCAGGUGGCAUCAACAACUUCAGAGAUUGAUGUUGGCUUUUGUGAAUUUAUGGACAAGCGAAUGCGAAACUAGCUUGAGGGUUUCAUUUGGUUACUGGGGCGUGCCCCUUUUAUUUGAUUCGAAACAUUGUUCUGCUUGUAGAAGCUGGUGAUGACUUGUUUUCCUUUUAGUUUCAGAAAGAAGCGAGCCUCCUCAGCUGUACAAACGCCAGAAAUUGAUGAUGAGGUUUCGGGCAUUCAGAAUACCUUCAUGUACCCAUACAGAGAACUGCGAAUGGCAACUGAAAACUUCAGUACAGCAAAUAAAAUUGGAGAGGGAGGUUUUGGUUCUGUCUACAAGGGAAGGCUUAGAGAUGGCACGAUGGCUGCUAUAAAGGUUCUAUCAGCUGAAUCAAAUCAAGGGGUGAGAGAGUUUUUGACAGAGAUAAAUCUGAUUGCUGAGAUAGAGCAUGAUAACCUUGUUAAGCUGCAUGGCUGUUGUGUGGAAGGACACCAUAGAAUCCUGGUCUAUGGCUAUCUCGAGAAUAACAGCCUUGCACAAACUCUUCUCGGUGGAAGCAGCAGCAGCAUCCAAUUCAAUUGGCAGAUGCGAACUAGAAUUUGUAUCGGCGUUGCACAGGGGCUUGCUUUCCUUCAUGAGGAGGUUCAACCACAUAUUGUUCAUAGAGACAUCAAAGCAAGCAAUAUCCUUCUUGAUAGAGACCUCAGGCCAAAAAUUUCAGAUUUUGGUCUAGCUAAGCUUUUUCCUUCCAACCAGACCCAUAUAAGUACACAAGUGGCUGGAACUGCAGGUUACCUGGCACCUGAGUAUGCAAUACGAGGUCAGUUGACUAGAAAAGCAGAUAUUUACAGUUAUGGUGUUCUGCUCCUGGAAAUCAUUAGUGGGAGAUCCAACACAAACAGGCGGCUACCUCCAGAAGAACAAUAUCUUCUUGAAAGGGCAUGGAAGCUCUAUGAAAAGGGGGAGCUUGCGAGUUUAGUGGACACAUUGAUGAACGGGUCCUACGAUGUUGAAGAGGUGUGCAGAUACAUGAAGAUUGGUCUCUGUUGCACCCAAGACAAGCCGAAGCUCCGACCAUCCAUGUCUAAGGUGGUUCAGAUGCUAAUGGGCGAAAUAGAUGUGAAUGACACGAAGAUCUCGAGACCAGGCCUCCUUUAUGAGUUGAUGGGUAUCAAAGAUAAGAAAGGACAUAGAAAUAGUUCUGACACAAUGAACACAACUUUCUCAGAAUCUUCAGGAUCAGGCAAACCAGAAGCUUCAUUCUCGUCGUCUGGAAUGACCACCUCAUAUGCUGCCAUGACCUUCAAUUCAAUAUACGAUCGAAGCAAUUAAGUUGGGUAAGGAAGUACUUGCUUGCCAUUUUGGAUUUAAUCUUUGCUUACUUAGCCAUCAAAAAAGUUGGCAACCAAAAUGGUCCCCAAGUGUUAGUCGAUGGAUGCCUCAGUCAUUUCUUCUGUUACUUAGCUUCUUAUGUUGUCAAUUAAUGUGCAAUCAAAAGAGUUUGUCUCCAAUCUUCCGUUUUCCAUUGUACUCGACUGUUUAACAAAGAAAUCCUGAUAUUCAUUAGAAGAGCAGUGUGUUGCUCCCGGUGUCAAUUUUCAUUUUGCAUGGUGAAAUUUUGUUGAACAAAUGGACUUGAAGAACGGCUGUAAAUAGAGAAAUGGAGUGAUUAUUUAUAGGAGGUUGAAAAACUGCA